AUGGGGCUUGUGAGGUCUCCAAUAACAGCAACAUUGCCUCAGAUUGGUUCAAGGCUGUUUCUGGUAUGGGGUAUCUUGUGGAGUUUUCCUGAGACUCGAACUCAUGUUCUUGUGAGCUCUCUACUAAUCAGCUGGUCUAUCACUGAGAUUAUUCGUUAUUCUUUCUUCGGAUUCAAAGAGGCUUUUGGAUUCACCCCGUCUUGGCUUUUGUGGCUUAGAUAUAGCACAUUCUUACUUUUGUAUCCAACAGGCAUAAGCAGCGAAGUUGGUUUAAUAUACAUUGCCUUGCCAUUCAUUAAGGCAUCUGAGAAUUAUUGCAUAAGAAUGCCUAAUACAUGGAACUCUUCAUUCGAUUUCUUUUAUCUCGCAAUUGUUGCAUUGGCAAUCUACGUUCCAGGUAGUCCUCACAUGUACUCAUACAUGCUUGCGCAGAGGAAGAAAGCGCUCGCCAAAUCAAAGACGGAAUAG